AUGACGCUUUUCAAGCAGCUUCUCCCCGCUGCUCUACUACCAGCUCUGGCAGCAUGCCAGCAGAUCGGUACAGCAGUCCCGGAAGUCCAUCCGAAGCUGCCAACUUACCGCUGUACCAACCAAGGCGGCUGUGUUCAGCGCGACACCACCAUUGUGCUGGACGAAUUCUAUCGCAAUAUACACGAUGUGAAUAACACGGCCAUCAGCUGCGGAACCUACGCAGCGCUGAAUACGACGCUCUGCCCCACAGCCGAAGCAUGUGCUGAGAACUGCGCCCUAGAAGGGAUCGACUAUGCCGCCAACGGGGUGCAGACGGACGGGGAUGCAAUCAUCAUGAAUCAAUUUAUCAAGCUGCCUAAUGGCACAUACGACAGUGUCGGACCGCGGGUGUAUCUGCUCGACAUCGGAGAGGAGGACUAUGAGUUGUUCCAGAUGCUGGAUAUGGAGAUCAGCUUUGAUGUGGACCUUUCCAAGCUCGUCUGCGGCAUGAACGGCGCGCUGUACUUGACCGAGAUGGAAGCCAGCGGUGGCCGAAGCGCCCUGAACCCGGCGGGCGCCUCGUACGGGACGGGCUACUGUGAUGCGCAAUGCUCGAGGUUGGCCUGGAUCAACGGAGUGGCAAACGUGAAUGAGACCCACGGUUCCUGCUGCAAUGAGAUGGACCUCCUCGAGGCCAACGCCCUCGCGCAGGCCAUGACGCCGCACCCGUGUAACACCAGCGGCGUAUACCUCUGCACCUCGGACGACGAGUGCGGACAGGCGGACGGCGUGUGCGACGAGUGGGGGUGCGGGUGGAACCCGUACGUGUAUAACGUCACGGACUUCUACGGCCCUGCGGCCAACGACACCAUCGACACGAAGCGCGUGUUCACCGUCACCACGCAGUUCAUCACGGACGACGGCACGCCUGAUGGGACGCUCAUCGAGAUCCGGCGGCUGUGGGGUCAGGACGGGCGGAUUCUCAAGAACGCCGUCGUCUCCACGGGGGACGGCUUCACGGGCAGUGUCAUGGACGAUGCGUACUGCAAUGCGACGGCGUCGUGGACACAGGAGAGGGGCGGACUGGCUGGCAUGGGAGAUGCGCUGGGGCGGGGGAUGGUCCUCAUCUUUAGUAUCUGGGAUGAUACGGGGGGCUACAUGAACUGGCUGGACGAAGGCAGCGCGGGGCCAUGUAAUGCCACGGAGGGGAACCCGGCGCUGAUCGAGGAGUACUACCCUGGCGUGCAGGUCAAGUUUGAGAAGAUACGCUAUGGGGAGAUUGGGUCGACUUUUUGA